AUGUCAUUUAUGAACGAUCAUUAUUCACAACACAAACGGUUCAAUACAUCAAACGAAUUGGCUCAAGAAAAUUAUUUUAUUGGUAAAACUGAAGAACGAAUAAAUAUUGUUGAAGAAGAGUUAAAUCAGCCUCCGGAUGAUAUUCUAUCUUCUAAAAGUUUCAAUCAGUAUAACUUGAUUCAGACGAGUUUAAUAAUACUUCAUAAAAUGUUCAAUAUACGAUCUCUUUUUGUUUUUUUUGUAGUUCAUACACUUUUUGCAGUUUUUCAAAGUGCAAUGGCAGUAAGAUUUGAAAGGAAGUAUUGGAAUAUGAGUUUAACUUUACUUCUUCUAUGUAAAAUUAUCUUAUGCAUGUGCAUACAGUGGUUAAUUUGUGUUUAUAUACAUAUGUAUGGAUACAUGCGUCAUUUUGAUCAGUAUUCAUUAGAAAGUAGAUGGAUAAAGGAAUCCACGAAUAGCUCAUUAAUCAAGCGUUCAGCUCCGCCAUCAAAACAAUUUUUUCCAUUACAUAUAAGAGAUUAUUUCAAUGGUAACGAUUCAGGCGAUUUACUAAAUUAUUCAGAAAUUGUAAUAGUUAUGUUUUAUGCAUCAUGGAGCCUAGAAUGUUAUCAAAUGCGCCCAGUGUUUCUUGAGGUGGCUAGAAGUUUUCAUAACAAUAACGAUCUUUCUUUUGCUGCCAUUAAUUGUUUUGCACCACAGGGAGAAUGCAAAAAAACUUUUAAAGCCAAUCAUUUCCCAGUAAUAGCUGCAUUUAUUGGGAAAAUAUUCCUUGUAUAUAGAGGUGAAUCCGGUGCAGAUUAUUUAAGGAGGAAUAUAAAUAUGAUUCCGGAUCAUGAAAGAAUAAUCUUUUAUACCUCUAAUUUGAUAUCAUUUGUUAUAUACUGUACAUGCUGUUGCAUAUGCAAUAAUAAAUGGAUUUUGCACAUUCGAAGUUCAAUGAAACGACUUACGAAUAAGAAGGAAAUUACCGAAUUUUUGCUCGAAUAUAAUUGUGCUAUUUUUUCAUUUUAUCCUCCUGAGACUGAUUUCCAACAGUCAUCUUCUUAUAAAAAAUAUUUAUAUGCAUCUUUAUAUUUUUCGCAGUAUGAUCAUUUGCUUGGUCAUGUAGGUUUUGCAUUAAUAACAAAUCCGAAAUUAGCACGAUUUCUUAAUAUAACUGUUGGGCAGAUUCGUCUUAAUUCUUGUAAUUACACAGUCGAUUAUUCCUUUAAUCUAAAUUUUUCUGCUAUAGAAAUAACGACAUGGAUUUUAAAGCAGAACUGCUCUUCUCAUGGCCUUCAGUGGAUUUCACCAGAUCCAGAGCUUAUUGUCAAAAAUCACCAAUUACAAUUAAUCUUAAAGCAAGGACCAACGGUUAUGUUGUUUACCAAACGAGAAGUACUGUAUCCUCACAAAUCACAUCUGUCACUAGUUGAGCAGGCAGCCAUUGAAUAUAGUUCAUGUUUUACUGGCAAUGAUUUGCAUUUUCGUUUAAUGGCGCAGAAACGUGAAAUUUCAAGGCGUAGACGGUCGAGUAUCAUCAAAAGAGACAAAAGUUAUUGCAAGAACAUGCAGACCUAUCGCAGUGGGGUGAUUACAUGUUGUCUAUUAAGUAAAAAAAUCAUUCUCUCAAAGUGUUCGAGAUACGAUCUGCUUAAUGAAAAUCCUGGUGUAUGUCCCAAAUUAAAUAUAGUUCGUUAUAAUUAG